CUCACUUCUUAAAAACAGAAUCUGAGGAGCCUUAAAUAUAUGCAACUAAUGUUUUAUGUUAAUAUUAAUCCAUCUGUGAAUGGAUCAUAACAAAUGGAAUGGGAAUUAUUUAUUACUCCUGAACAAGAGUCAAACAAAUACCCACUUAAAUAGUUAAAACAUGUGACUAUCCACUGUAGUUAAAACCACACAUCAAUGAUUAGAAAUUCACUUUAAAGGUUAACAUUGUUCUUAAAUAUAAAUAUUCACAAAGCUCUUUAAAAAUGGAAAAUAUAAUGCAUUUACUUGUAAAAUGUAACUGUAGUGCUCCACUAUACUCAGAGAAUAUUUUUGUAUCUUCAUUGUUCUUCUACCAAUAAAAAGAUUUAUAUCUACAGCUAACAAAAACACUUGAUCAUACAGCUGUGAUUUUAAUUUAAGUUUGAACAACUGUCCACUGUAAUGAAAAUAUAUAAAUUAAGAAAUUACAAGCAAUAUACAAAAAUGUUAAAAGCAAAAAAGGAAAAAUGCUGAUAAAUUAACAGUUUUUUUUUUUCUGUUUAAUUUUUGUGAUAAUUUUUUUUCUAACAAACUCAUUAUGAUAGAUUCAGUCUCUAGAUACUUCCCAUGUGAUACAUGUUGUAAAUCUAUGCUUUCAAAGUCAUUUCCCAACUCUGACUGUUUUUUCCUUUCACAUUCUCAUAAAAACUUCAACCAAAUAUGGUCCCUCGCAUGUUAUCUAUGAGCAACACAUGUUAUAACUCUCCUCGCCUUCACACACACACAGACACACACACAGACACACAGACACACACAACCAUGUCAAAGAUAAACACAGAACUCUUAUGAGGAAUCUACACACUCUUCAUUUGUGGCCAAUUUUGGCCUGGUGUUGAUUUUUUUUUCAGCUCUGGCACAUUUGAUCUUCAUAAUAAGUGGAUCCACGUCUCUUCGUCCGGUGUUGACAGGUUCAACCAUGGCCUACCUCAACUCGAGGGUGGCCUUCACCUGUGUUGCGCCUAAAGCUGUUCCUCCAGUCACCUACGAGCUGAGGAGGGACAACAUCGUCGCCACAGGCACCGAUCACCAAGGAGGCCAACCUGUGCCGUUCUUCCUGAAGGUGUCUGCCACAUCGGAGGGGUUGUAUUACUGCACAGCGAAGACAAAAGGAAGCUCAGGGGACAGUAACAGUAUCACGCUAACUGUAGUCAUUCCACCAUCUGGAACCACAGUGACCUCUGACCCCUUCCCCCCAGUCGCAUAUAGAGGUUCAUCCCUCAUCCUGAGCUGUAACGUUACAAAGGGUUCCCACCUUUCCUACUCAUGGUUUUUCAAAAGAACAGAAGUUAAAUCCUCCUCCUCGCCCUUUUUUCGCACCACUGGGAACAAGUUAGUGAUUGAGAAGGCGAGUCCAGAACAUGCUGGACCAUAUUCAUGCAUGGCCUGGUCCGCCGUGCAGGACAUCAAAAGGUUCUCCAGCAGCUCAGAGGUCCCAGUGACAGUGAAAGAACAUGUUUCCAAACCCAGGAUCUCCUUCUCCAUCUCCAAAGAGGAAGAUGGUUACCAUGGCAACGUGACCUGCUGGUCAUCAAGAGGGAGUCCUCCGGUCCAGUUCUCUCUUUCAUUAGACAAUAAAGAAGUCGGGUCUGUCACAGCAUCUGAUUCGCUUGUAGCUCAGUUUCAUGUCGCCAUGGUACCAGGGCAGGUCAUGGGUGUGGCCCGAUGUAGGGUCAAAACCGAGGUGCAGGAGCUGAUGAGUGACCCUCUGACCGUAGAAGUGGUCCCAGUUGGAGGUGAUGUCAAAGUGGAUGUAGAGUAUUUCUACACAGCUGACUCCAAAGUGGCUGCAGUCAGACUGAGAUGUCACAUCAGCAGGGGCACUUUCCCUUAUGUGUCCUGGCUCUUCAAUGACUCCGUCCUGUCCUCCGUGACAAAUGUGGACUCUCACACUCAUCCUGUUGAGCCUCACUAUGCCUUUGCCGACCACAGACGAAUCCUCAUUUUGGCCCGCCUCGGCCCAGAGGAGUCUGGGUAUUACCGCUGCAAGGCCAGGGACAGCUACGAUGAGGCUGGUCUGUGGAUGGAGAGUGAAGACGUGUUGGUCCGAGUCAGAGACAGGAUCCCCAACUUCCUGCCUCAAGCACCUCCCAACACCCCCCACUGCAACACCAACACAAAGCUGUUCAUGUCCACUAUAGAGGGCAUCAGCAUCACCUUCUGCUUCUUCCUUCUUCUGAUUCUGAUGGUGAGCGGAGCAAUAGUUUACAGGAUGUUUGACCACAAACAAGUUGAUUCCCAUGUUUCCAUAACAAAUUCUGUGGUACCUCCUCUGUCUGCUAAUACGUCCCGAUCGAGAGCCAAGCCACCGGAUCUGUCCUCUACAGACAGUAGUAUCCACAACCAGACCAUUGAAGUCACACUGUGAUAUAGGAGGAACAAACUGAUCACCUCUUUAAAGUGGUUUUCAUUCAUCUGUUCAAAGUUAAUUCUGCAGUUUAUCUGUAUUAUAGACAGUAUAUGUACAUUCACUGAAAGUCAAAUGGGAAAUAUGUGUGAAGUUAAAAUAUAUGGAUACAUGUGCACACUAUUUAUUAAAGUAAUGUAUUGGAAAUUGAAAUAAAGUCAUAUAUUGACAAAGAUAUUUAGGUCAUAUAAUAUCUAUUUGUAAUAUGCAGUACUGCACAAACGUCUAAAGCUGCCUUAAUAUUUUUGUAGGGUUAUGAUAAUGACUGUGCCUUUAUUUCUUGCAAGAAAUAUGCAGGAAAAUAUGUGCACAGUAUUGAAACAAACACACAAAUCAAAACUAAACAGCGUCUGCAGGUUAAGUCAGUAUUUCGUUUGAACUUCACUUGGAUUCAGUAAAUCUUCAACUUUCGCCAUAUUUUUUUCUGAAAUGGACGACCAUGUGUCUGCAUUUGUAAGUGUUGUCAGUAAUAUAUGCGCAACUGCAUAGUGUACAGUCAAUAUGUAAACAGUGAUAGAAACAAAAAGCAUUUCAGAUACAAUGUGUUCAAUACUGUCCACAUAUUUCCUGCACACAUACACACACACAUUUUAUAUAUAUAUGUGUGCGUGCGUGCGUGUGUGCGUGUGUGUGUGUGUGUGUGUGUGCGUGUGUGUGUCAACAUCUCUCUUGAUAUACAGUAGGGUAUAUAAUGUGUUAUGUAUUAUUCUGUAUUAUUCCAAAUCACCUGCACUAAACUGUGUAUAAAAAAGAGUUAGAUUAUAUUUUUCAGCAACAAAGAACAUAGAAUGUUGAUUUCCAUUUUUUUCCAAAUAAAAUAUGAACUUU